AUGUCGCAACCUGAAGCACAGUCUGAAGCACCAAAUCUUCCUGAACCCGCCAGGGUGACUGCGGAGAUGCCUAUGCCUGGCAACGAAGCCCAGAUGGAGCUGAUUGACGCUGUUUCCAGAAGUAACUCUCUCUACGAGUUGUAUCUGAGGCUUCCAAGGCUGGCAGAUGACCUUGAGAACAACCAGGUCCUCAAAGACAACGAAUUCGACAUAGUCAACACCGUCAGGUCCCUGAGACGGGAUGCAAGUUGGCCUAUGUGCGAGCUAUUGCACAGCAUGUCACCAAAAGUCAUAAAGAGCAUCAUCCAGGGCACAGUCGCUUAUGACUCUCACCCAAAACAGAGCGAGGGGCGCUCCUUGAUCAACAGUGAAUUUCCCUGCUUUGAGACGCCUGUCAAGGGCAGAGACCCCCCGAUCCCCGGCGUUUACGUGAUUGCUUUAUAUCGCCAGUUCACGGGCCACAGGGGAGAAUUCCUCAAUAUAGCAGAGAUGAAGAUGCUUAUUGAAGAUAUGGAGGAAUAUGUCAAAGGCUAUAGGGUCCAUGCCAAACUCCGUGCUGAUAUUCGGGCAGGCAUACGCAGGUCGGAGUCCGACUUAUCGCGCGAUGAUCUACUUGCCGUCCGCCUCGUCAGAGGGGUUGACUUCUAUGCAGCCUACAAGCCCUCGACCAUGUCAGACACGGCCCCGCCACUCUUCAUCAAGGAUGAUGGAGAUGCAGCAGAAAUCGAAGCCCUUGUGAGGACAUAUAGGGCUAUGUGCCGACCUGACCUCGACCCAACCGAGCGGGUCAGGAUGAGACAGAGCCCUCUAUACGUUGGUUGCUCGAAUAACCUGGGCGACAGGACUCAUCGUUACACACAAACUAGUGUAAAAGGCAUCAAUAAGCCACUAGGGCUUACAAUCUCUAUCUUCAGGAGGCAGCAUGUGCCUGUUGAGCUCGCUGUUAAAGUGGUGCUUCGCACUUGGCAAACUGAUCAACUGCCAAUGGCGGAACAGUUGAUCAUGACACUGGCGGGCUCCCUUGUGUAUCAGCACGGCUUCAAUGCCACCGAGGGUGGUGGUACAGGUUACAAAACCGUCGGUUCUGGCGAGUCCCUCAAGACAAACAUGGAAUAUGUCAUGUCCCGAGUAGGUUUUAUCCGUGACAACUUCGGAAACACGGUCAAUGAGCUCGAGGCUCGCAAGAGGUUCCUCGACUCCCUUGUAGAGAUCGACGACGAGUUGACCGAAAUUAUCGAGACUAUGACCCACUGUAAACGGCAGUUGGAGAGCCUGCCCAAUAUGAAUUGGGAUGAGAGAGUCCAAGAAUUGCGUGAGCUACUGGCGAGCCUGAAGCAAGAUCUGGAUGACAGGAGAGAAGCAUCAAAGUUCUGGAAGCUGAUUCUCCAGAUCCAGCGCAUAGGUGUAGAUGCCAUGGGGGAGUCUAUUGUUAGUAUUUGA